UGUUUAUACUUUUUGCAGGCCCCCAACGGGGACUACAUAUGUACAUGGCAAAAUUAUCAUAGCUGAAGCUUUCCCGGUCAUAAUAUACUAACGCUUAUCAGUUUAUUUUUAAAAUAUUUAAUGAAUGUCGUGGUCAAAUAGCAAUUCUGUCGGCGAUUUUGUUUGUGGCAAAUGUGAUCGACCGAAUGACAUGCAAAAGGCUAAGAAUUGUUACAGUGUGUGAACCAGGUUUAUUAUAAAGGAUUUUUGGGAAAUCAUUGGCAGAAGCAUCACUUUCCAGAGUUGUAGUGGAAGUAUCGUAUUUCAAGUUGAGAAGAGUAAGUACCAGUUGAAGUAACCAAUCAGGGUCGAGUAUUUUAAAGUGGCGUUUUGUUUUGAACAGUAAUGGCGGACGUUAGAGGAGUUAUGAAUCUGGUCAUUUUUUGCGAAAAGUAUUAGUAAAGACUCCUUUUUUAAGCACGAUAAAUCAUGGACAGUCAGGAAAAUGAAGCCAGCGACCAAGGUUAUUUGAAAAUUGCCAAUUUGUGUGGUUGUUUCGAAGAAGAAUAUUAGUUUUUACGUAAAUUUAUGUGUAUAUUUUUACAGGUUUUGUUUUUAUUGCAAACGAAAUUCUUCGCAAGUGCAAGAUAAAUGGCGAAGUGCAGUCUUUAAAGGAGUGCUCGGAUUCUUUCUUUCUUGCUGUAUAUGAAGGAAUACUUGGUGAAGCUUUAGUUGGUGUGUAUAAAUAAUAAUAUCAAAUAUUCAAAUCAGAGAUCAGUUUAUAAUUAUUUGGCAAUAUCAUGGCAAUAUUUAUAUAAUAUAAUAUAAGUUUUGGUUUGUAAACAUUAUAAUAUUUGUGUUGUUUCCACAAACCAAAAUAAAAUGGCUUGUUUCCAAAUAAUUUAAUUUAGAAAAUAUUCCAUUUUUUCUAUGUUUAUACUUGAACAACAUAAUUUAAGGUUGUUCUAUUAUUAUUCAUUGCUUAAGGUACUAUAACCAAUGCAGUAUCCCAUGAACAAAGGAUAUCAAAUUGUGAAAAAGUCAUUGAUGCCUUGUCACACGAUGUUUUGAAUGUCGAUCUGUCGCACAUCACAGCAGAGAGUAUUGUGGAUGGCGAUAUUACCACGAUUCAAAAUCUUUUGGAAAUAUUUAAAGAACUGUUAGAUUUCAUUCUCGAUGUUGAUGAUGAGUUUGACCUCGAAGAUGCUGGUAUGUUUGCAACCUCGUACCCAGGGUUUUGAGCGGAGAUAAAACCCUGGGUACGAGGUUGGUAUGUUUGAUGGUUAAAGAUGGGUUCAAGAUUGGUUCAAGAGUUAGUCCUGCCCCUGGAAUGUUUAGUGUUGAAUUUGAUGAUAAAUGGGACCCCCUUUCUUGCAUUUUUAAAUUUGCGUUAAUAAUUCUAGAUGAGCAGAAUGACUCAAAUCUGCUGUCCUCAGAUCACAAAGUCAUUUCUGAUGUCUUACACGAGGAACUUGGUCCUGGGCAUCAUGAUGUCAGAUUCCCUCCAAACUUGAGAAACAGUGGCAGAAUGUCGUCAGACUGUUCCACAAUUGGUGAACCAGAACUCUCUUCCGUAUGUUUUUUGUGCUUUCAAUUAUAGCUUUAAGCUCAGUCAUGAUGUUUAGUAAGUUUUAUGAAAAACAUUUUAUCAUUGUUUGAAACUUGUUUUUUAGAUUCCUAAAUGUAGUGACAUUCCUAGUUCAAGAAACUCUGAUGUUGACAGUAAUUCGACUGAUGAAAUUAUCAGAGAAAGCGAAUUACUAGAACGUCAAUUGUCCAGGUAGACUUCCAGAUUCUGAUGCUUUUUCCACCUACAUAUCCGGACUUGUAAUAAUCAGGAAUUCGAUCUUUUUAUUUUUAGGGAUUAUCCGUCAUUGCAGCAGCUAAGAGAUCAGAGAGAACCAGGGCAUCAUGCUACAAAUAGAGCUUGGGAACCGGAGAAAGAUUUAGGAUUAAGUAAAGACAAACUAUCAAAAGCCAGAAAUGAAACACCAUCUUUGAAUGUACCAGUGGGUAGUGGGUUAGGUGGUUUGAACAGUGGUAGGGAGUUAGGUGUAGGGAAAAAAUUUGACCAAGAAACAGGAAAAAUGAGUCAGAAACUUGGUGCAGUGGAUGGGAUCCGGAAAGGUCAGAAAAAUGAUGCUGUUUUUGAGUACAGAGGAAAUUUGGGUAGAUCUGAUGGUAUAUCAGAAGCAGUAGACAAUGGACCCAACAGAAACGCCUGUACAAUUAGGGGUACUUCAAGACCCAAAACGGGAAGAACAUUAGAUCAUAAAGGUACUUUGAGGGAUAUUAAUGUACAUGGAAGAUCUGAGGGCAUAUCAGAGGUAGCAGACAAUGUACCCAGAUUUGGUGGUGUAAUUAGGAAUGGUCAAAGUACUGGUGCAACUAGAAAUAUUGAUGUGACUCAAACUGGUAAUUCAAAUGGAGCAGACAACGUACAUGUGUUGAAUAAUUCAAUCAGAAAACCUGUUGCAAUUCCAACUGGAUCAGCAGGGAUCUCUCGUGUGGAUAUAGCAAGGGAUUCUGAUGGAUUUGCUUUGGGUGGCGGAGGAAUGAAUGGCGUCAGGCCAACAGUAGACGAAGGACGAUAUCGUGAUUAUCUAAGGGAGAGCGAAAGCAAUCGACAGAAAUCAACACUGGUUGGUGAAAAACAUAAACCUUGUUUAGUAGAACACGAUGAUAGUGGACAUAAACCUCUGAUGAACAGUAGGCCAGACACAGCCAGCAGAAAGAAGAACACGCAAGAUACAGUUAUGAAUCGUGAAGGGUUGUCAACAGAUACACAAGCAACUAAGAGUCAUCAUGGCUUAGUCAGGAAGUCUGGCUUUGAACCUCAAGAAGGAAAUUUCCCGAAAUCAGGGAAAGGUUUGAGGGCUAAUGAGGCUAAAAAGAUCAGCAGUAAUGCUGGAGGUUUAAAUCUAAGUAAGGUAGCAACAAGAUCUAAACAAAGUUCUAGACUCGUUGGGGAAGAUCAAGAUUAUAGAGAGAGUAACACCAGGAGUGAAGACAAGAAAAUCAAGAAGUCCGUCCUGGCAAAAUCACGAUUGGGGGUUGGUCGGGUGAAUAGAGGUGGAAGAGGAUCGCCUAAGGAUAUUAAUGGUCAUGAUGGUGGUAAGAAGGGUAAAAAAAACAAGAGACCCCGAGGGGUAGUGGGAAAUCGGAGAGGAUCGAGGGGAGAGGAUACGAUGAAGGGCAAGGAAGUAGGAAGGAAGAAGGGUGCUAAUGUACAAUCUGGGAAAGCAGGGGAUAGUGAUUCUUCUGUGCAAAAAAGGACGGAAGCUACCGAGGCAAGUCAAAUCAAUCUCAAUUUCUCCAGGGUUUCACUCUCGUGCAGCAGAUGGUGGUCAACCUGCAGUUAUCAGAGAGAGAAAAUAAUGCGAAUUUCUUUCAUUAGAUGUAGUGGUCUUGGUGGCAAAUAAAUGCAAUGCAUGAUUCCAGCUAUAGACGAAAUUUUGAGCUGAAAAAUAACCAUUUUUGAGUUAUUUUUACCGCGCGUAAUACAAAUAUAUACAAAAUUUGCGAACUUCGCAGAGUUAUAUUUUCUUCAUUUUACAACAUUUAGCAACCAAUCUUUGCAGUUUUACUCAUUCUAAGACGCUCUUUCUAGCUGUGGUGUUGGAUUUCGUUCUUCUUGCAUUGAUGAAAAUUUAGUCUAUACCUGGAAUCACCCAAUGAGAGAUGUAGGUUCAUUUCCUUGCUCCUAAAAACCAACAUCUGCUGUAACGCUUACCGAAGAACACCAAUUAUAUUCAUUAUUUUGCAUCGUAGGCGACGAAGGAACAUACGGACGGUUCAGAAUCAUCGGGGGUUUUCUGGGAUGAUCAGAUAUCACCUUUGGAUGUCUCGGAGAGGUUACGCAAUCCUAGCCAAGGUCUUGCAUUUGACGAGGUCGGCCUUGCCAAGAAGUCGCGCGAGUACGAAGCACGUCAAGGACUGGGGAAGAGUAAGGAUUCACGUGAUUCGCCUGUGAUACGUCACUACCAUCAUCAUUUUCACCAUGAAAGUUCUGAAGACCUGGUACGUGAUGUAGACAUGAGUGAGAGGACUCGACAGAUCGCUGGAACGAAGAAUCUACCAGGACUGGGUUCUAGUUUUAACAGAAGCGGUAAGAAUGAGAAAUCUUAUUGGACCUCUAGGGAGAACAGUUUAGAACUGAAAGAGCUACUCAGUAUAAAUAAAGUUAGUUUAGUUUAGGUUUUAUCCUGUAGUAACACUGGAUCAAUAAGGGACGAUUAGUACUGGACCUCUAGGGAGAACAGUUUAGAACUGAUAGAACUAUACAGUAUAAAUAAAGUUGGUUUAGUUUAGGUUUUUUCCUGUAGUAACACUGCACCAACAAGGCAUGUGUCUUACUGGAUGUCUAAAGAGGACGGUUUAGAAAUGAUAGAGUUACCCGCAUUAGCUCAGGCCAACUGCAAGCAUAUUACUCAACACACUUCCAUCCACAAUUUACAACGUUGAAUUAAUUUAGAUCGCAGAGACCUUAACGAAGAAUCAAGCCAUGUCCCCAGGAAAGAAAGAAUGGUGAAAAAAGACGAGCCCAAAAAACGUUCAGUAAAGUUUGACGAUCAUGUAUCGACCUUACUCAUCACAAACAGACUGGAGCGAUUAAGACGCGAUAUGGAUUCAGAGGAUGAUAAAGAAAUUGAAAGAAGAUCGCAAAUCAGGAGUGAUUAUAGUGGAUAUUUAGAACGACUGAAUAAAGAACAUAAACGGAUGGAAAAAGAAUUAAAACAAAGACCGAAGGUAAGAUGGGUUCUUUCUAUGAGCAGAAUCAGUUAUCUUGAAGGUGUGUGGAAGUCUAAUAGCAGGGGUCGUUAAGCCUGCGACCACACAAAUUAUUUGAAAAUGUGCCUGCAAAAUGUCUUCAUUCAAGAUACGAAAUCACGACGUGAUGAGCCAUCAGGCAUUAAUUACUAUAGAUCCCAAUGGACCAUUUGCAUUAUAGACUAAAUAUUGAUCUCAACAAGUCUAGACAAAAAUUUUAUCACAGCUUCAAAGAGCAUCACAAAAUUAGUAAUAUUCCGAAGUUUCGUUGCGAAAUGUUGUAAAAUGCGGAUAAUAUAGCCUUGCGAAGUUUGCCGUUUUUCAGUCAUUUUGUAUUACAAACGGGAAAUUGACAGCCCCAAAGGGUAUUGGGCUGUCAAUUUCUCCUGCGUAAUGCAAAUUGACUGAAAAACGGCAAACUUCGCAAGGCUAUAUUAUCCGCAUUUUACAACAUUUCGCAACGAAACUUUGCAAUAUUACUAAUUUUGUGAUGCUCUUUCAAGCUGUGAUAAAAUUUUUGUCAAGACUUGUUUAGAUCAAAAUUAAGUCUAUAAUGCAAAUGGUCCAUUAGUAGGCUGACUUAUGAGUCAGUGUGGCCUUAUAUAUUUUUUCCCAAUAAACAUUAACUGCAAUCAAAUAGUAACAGAUAGUAAAAUAAGUGAUGGGAGGGGUGGGGGGGGGAGCAAAGAUAAAAAUCGCGCAGGGGAAACAGAAAGAAAAAAAUUCGUACACCAAAAAAGUUUGAAAAAAAAUUCGUGCAGAAACUUUUCAAUAGGGAAAAUUAUAAGGUGAAAUAAAAAAAAAUUGGACAAGGGAUUCUAUUUAAAAAGAAAUUAUCGACACAAGCAAAAAAUUUAAAAAAUAUAUUCGUACAAGUUGAAAAAAUCUCCCCCCCCCCCUUAUCACUUUUCUAAUGGUCCGCCCCUAUGUUGUAAUUUUUUGUAUAUUUGUAUUAAUGUAUUCAGUUGAACCACAUAUAGGCGAUACAUUAGCAGUCAUAACUUUUUAACAGAAAACAAAACGAGCCAGUCCUUACAAGAAGAAGUACAGUGUGUCUGCGGCCUCACGUGACCGUGCUCGGACAAAUCAGAGGAAAGCAAGAUAUCCAAGUACUAAAGCAAGAAAACGAAGUUCCUCGACUAGUCCCAAGAUUCGCGUCAACAAAAGGAAAGCAGGUAGGAACUGAUAGAGCUAUCCAGUGUAGAUGAAGUCGGCUAGUGUCGAGUAUAGAUGCUUGUGAUGUUACUCUAAAGUAACAUCACAAGCAUCAUAUUCACCUGAGUACAUUACACCAACUCGCCAAGUCACCAACACAGAAAAAAUAGUGUAGAGUAGGUUUCCUUCUGUAGUAACACUGGAACAGUAAGGAAUGCCCCAAAACACUGGGCUUCUAGGAAGAACAGUUUAGACCCGAUAGAGCGGUAGUUACAAAUCAAUGGAUGAUCCCAGCUAUAGACUAAAUUUUGAUCUCGGCAAGAAGAACAAAAUACAUCACCACAGCUAGAAAGAGCGUGUUAAAAGUAGUACAAUUGCAAAGUUUGGCCGCGAAAUGUUGUAAAAUGCGGAAAAUAUAGCGCUGCGAAAUUUGCAAAUUUUGUACUAAUUUGUAUUACCCACGGAAAAAUGCCCCACAUUUGGGUACAUUUUACAAGAUUUCGCAACCAAACUUUGCAAUUUUACUCAUUUUAACAUGCUCUUUCUAGCUGUGGUGAUGGAUUUUGUUCUUCUUGCCUAGAUCAAAAUUUAGUCUAUAACUCGAAUCAUGCAUUGCAAUUCCUUUCAGCAAAACAACUUGAGAAAGGCGAUAUCAUCCUCCCGACAUUACUGGAUGAGUUUCCAUUCCUCCAUCUCUCACCGCACACGCUGCAAACCAUGAGACGGAAACAGACACAGCAGCUGACGAGUCUCUCCAAGACAGCGCAAGCUGAUAAACGACAGACUAAAACACAGAAGGUGAUCGAAGACGCAGAGAAACGACAGGAAACAUUGCUGAAAAUACUUCGCAAGGAUCUGCAGCACAACCAGAGAAUGGUAUGGUUGGAAACUCAUAGAACAGCCACGCCAUAUUUGCAUUAUGGACAAAAUUUUGAUCUAAACAAGUCUUGACAAAAAUUUCAUCACAGCUUGAAAGAGCAUCACAAAAUUAGUAAUAUUCCGAAGUUUCGUUGCGAAAUGUUGUAAAAUGUGGAUAAUAUAGUCCUGCGAAGUUUGCCGUUUUUCAGUCAUUUUGCAUUACGCACGGGAAAUUGACAGCCCAAUACCCUUUGGGGCUGUCAACUUCCCGUUUGUAAUACAAAAUGACUGAAAAACGGCAAACUUCGCAAGGCUAUAUUAUCCGCAGACCGCAAUUUACAACAUUUCGCAACGAAACUUUGGAAUAUUACUAAUUUUGUGAUGCUUCUUUCAAGCUGUGAUGAAAUUUUUGUGUAGACUUGUUGAGAUCAAAAUUUUGUCUAUAAUGCAAAUGGUCCAUUCGUCAUCAAAAUGCACUCUCCAUGUUCCUAGCACAGAUUAAGUAUGACCAGAUGUGUAACUUUAUAGGACUUCGUGUCCUCAAAUUUCCCUAGAUGUACACGUCAUGCUCACGCCAUGACACUUGCUAGACAAUUAAAGUUGUUGAAAAUGUGUUGAAAGCAAGACGUAUCACCAAAUGACGCGGAAUUAUCACACAAGCGACACUUGCUAGGAAGAUGGCGACCCACCGUGGGACAACUUUUUUACUGAAGUUACGCAUCUGUCUAUACGUAAUCUGUGUCCUAGGGGUGAAUCCUCAGGGUGUUAGCCAGAAAAAAAGUUUUGACCGAUCAAAGUCCUUGUGUAGGAAUAAAUAGUGGUUUUUUUCCAACGUGUUUCUCCUUAGAUGCAAACAACGGUAGCUUGGUUUUGUACAUUUUAUUUCCGGUGAAUGAACGAACACUGAAAAUGCACCCGAUGGUACUUCGUUUUGUAUAUUUCAUUUCCGGUGAAUGAACACGGAUGCACACCGAUUACACUUUGUUUUGUACAUUUCAUUUCAGUGAAUACACACCCAAUAUGAAUGAAACGCGAUGCAUUUUGAGAAAAUAGUUAAUGGGGAAAAGUAAAUAAAACGUUCUUUGAUAUAAUAAUAUAAAAUCAAACGCAAUGCACUUUCUCAUCAGAAAAAAUGAAAAUCUUCCAGUAGACCCAGUUGGGAAAGCUACUUCAAUUGGGAAGAGUACGUCAAACGGACAGUAUAUGGGCUAGCUAACACCCUGAUCCUCUCAUACUAAAGUGCACUGGCUAUGACCAUGGCGACAGCAUUGCAACGGUUACGUCAAAAUCAUAGGCGUCUUCUUUUACGUGUUUAUCCUGUGGCAAUGUCCUCAACAACAAUUCUAUUAUCUAGCAUGAACAAAAAGAGAGAAACGAGCAAGAUCGUGCGAUAAAGUCGAAACUGCGUGAAAAACGUCAUGCAACAGCGCGAGCACGCAGAUAUUACGAAGAUUACCAGUUGCGAAUGAGAGCAAGAAUGUUGAAACGACGUACGCGAGAAGAACAGAUUUUCAAGAAUUUAUUUGAAGACGGUUUGGAAAUUCAAAAACAACGUGUACAUGAAUUGCGUACGUACGCGAAGGAGCAACGGGAAAAGAGAGCCGUAAGACAACAGAACGAGUUGGAGUCAUUGGAAAACUAGUAUCCUUUAUUAUUAUGGAAUGGACCUUUCCCCUUAUAACUAAAAUUUUGAUCUAGACAAAAAUUUCAUCACAGCUUGAAAGAGCAUCACAGAAUUAGUAAUAUUCCAAAGUUUCGUUGCGAAAUGUUGUAAAAUGCGGAUAAUAUAGCUUUGCGAAGUGCGCAAUCGGGUGUUGGUGCUUCAAUUUCCCGUUUGUAAUACAAAAUGACUGAAAAUUGCAAAUUUUGCAGGGCUAUAUUAUCCGCAUUUUACAACAUUUCGCAACGAAACUUUAGAAUAUUACUAAUUUUGUGAUGCUGUUUCAAGCUGUGAAGAAAGUCUUUAAAUUCUUAAGUGAGUAUUUGAUUAUACGAUUUCCUAGCUAAUAAAAUAGAUUGAUUGAAGCAAGAUUUUCGCAAAUAUCGACGAAAAGGCACAUUUUAGGAUGUGAUUUGACGGGACUAAUUACUGGGUAAAAAUGGUGCUUACAUUCGCAAUUUUUCGACAGCUGAUUGCUCUAGUCAAAGAUAUUUUCUGCCUAUUUUCAAAGACUUUUCACAGACCUUUGUCUUUGAAAAGUCUUUGAAAAUAGGCAGAAAAUAUCUUUGAAAGUCUUUGAAAUUGUUUGGUCAGGGAGACUACGAACCCUGACAUAAUUUUUUUUAAUUACACCUUUUGGGGGGCCCCUUUUGCAAAUUUUUGGGGCCACUUUAAUUGGUGGCCCGGGGCAAAUCCCCCCCCCCCCUGGGAGGCCCUGCUGACCAUGUUAUAAAAAUUGCGGUUUGUUUACCUUAACGACAAUGUGUACAGUUAUCGUGAUCAGUAUUCUAUUCUAGCGGAGGCAAUCGCUCAAGAAAAGGAAACUCUAUUGGUCCGGGAGAAAGCCCAAGAGAAGGUAUAAUUCCUACAGUUGCCUGUUUAUAAUUUCGCUUCCGUGCCAUCUGAGAAUUAAACACUCUGAUUUCCUCUUGUAGUAACACUGGAUCAAUAAGAGAUGACUCUUACUGGACCUCUAGGGAGAACAGUUUAGAACUGAUAGAGCUAUCCAGUAUAAAUAAAGUUAGUUUAGUGUAGGUUUCCUCCUGUAGUAACACCGGAUCAAUAAAAGAUGACUCUUACUGGACCUCUAGGAAGAACAGUUUAGAACUGAUAGAGAUAAACAAUAUAAAAAAAGUUAGUUUAGUUUAGGUUUCCUCCUGUAGUAAUACUUGGAUGAAGAAGAGAUUAUCCUUCUGGGCUUCUGGGAAGAACAGUUCAGAACUGAUAGAGCUAUCCAGUAUAAAUAAAGUUACUUUAGUUAAGGUUUCCUCCUGUAGUAACAUUGGAACAAUAAGAGAUUUCCCCCUUACUGGCCUUUUAGGGAGAACAAUAAUUGAUCAAUAUAUUUCCCUCAGGUAAUUCAUCAAAUGCAGCGCAACCUCCGUACAAAGCUUCAAAACGAAGUCACUGAAAUACAAGAGACUCUCGUACGUGACGAAGAUGACGCGUAUUUCCGACGACUGGACGCCGAAAGACUCCGACGGCAGUUGCAGAUGACGGCAUUUCAAAAUCUCACCUGAGACGCCAUGGUGAAGACAAGAUGCAGACAGCUUUUGCAGGUACAGAUGAACGUAAAACCGUAAGUAAUGGUGUGUGUAUUCUGUGUGCGUGGAAAAUCUCGAGAACUAUGGGCAUGGGUUUCGAGAACUGACUACAACUUAUGAUCACAAUGAUAAAAUAAUAUACAAUAUACAAAUAUGGCGAUAAUUCAAGCUUGAAAUAUUGAAGCUAUAUACAAUAUCUUAUGCCUUAGAAUAAGGCGCGUCAAUCUCAAUAUCUUACAAUAAGGCGCGUCUCAUGCAGCGUCAUCAUUGAUCAAACAAGUUUUCAAUUGUACUGUGCUUGUCAUGCAAAAUUACAACAUUAUUGGCCUACUUAUGGAUUCUAACACACAAGCAUAAAAUGUUGCGCUCACGUCUUCUCUAAGGCGAUAAUUCAAGCUUGAAAUAUUGAAGCUAUAUACAAUAUCUUAUGCCUUAGAAUAAGGCGCGUCAAUCUCAAUAUCUUACAAUAAGGCGCGUCUCAUGCAGCGUCAUCAUUGAUCAAACAAGUUUUCAAUUGUACUGUGCUUGUCAUGCAAAAUUACAACAUUAUUGGCCUACUUAUGGAUUCUAACACACAAGCAUAAAAUGUUGCGCUCACGUCUUCUCUAAGGCGAUAAUUCAAGCUUGAAAUAUUGAAGCUAUAUACAAUAUCUUAUGCCUUAGAAUAAGGCGCGUCAAUCUCAAUAUCUUACAAUAAGGCGCGUCUCAUGCAGCGUCAUCAUUGAUCAAACAAGUUUUCAAUUGUACUGUGCUUGUCAUGCAAAAUUACAACAUUAUUGGCCUACUUAUGGAUUCUAACACACAAGCAUAAAAUGUUGCGCUCACGUCUUCUCUAAGGCGAUAAUUCAAGCUUGAAAUAUUGAAGCUAUAUACAAUAUCUUAUGCCUUAGAAUAAGGCGCGUCAAUCUCAAUAUCUUAC